AUGCAGCGUAUCAACUACCGAUAUCAGCAUGCAGGUCUCGAGCAUGCUGGCGUGGUUGCCAGUCCUGGCCCCUGUCUCAAUCUGGGCACCUGGAUGCUCAUGCGCGACUUCCAUGGCCUCCAGCCGUUCAAUGUCGUUCAGAGCGGCCCGGUAGGAUGCCCGGGGGUUGUCGUUAUCAGGCAUGGGCAUAUCGUUUUCCAGGUUGGGAUAAUCGCCCCGCCCAUGGCAAAGGAGAAAUGUAUGGACACGACGGUUGUCGGCAGACUCCUCUCGGAGCAUCCCGCACUCAUCAGUUACGGUUUGGACGGUUACUUUGAGCUCGGCAACCUUGGUCUGAGCCGCUGCAAGCUGGCGUCUAGAUUGACACUGGUCGUCCAGUCCUCUCUCUCUCGGGCCUGGAGAAAUCGCGGCCGGUGUAUACCGCGGACUUCCAUCGGGACUCCCUUUGCGACGUGGCUGCGUGAUACGCCAUUUGGCGAGCGCUUCAGGGAGGUCAAGUCCCGGCCCUGUGCGUGGCUGAUCAAAUUGGAGUUGCCUAAGUUCUUAUCGACCGCCUCCUUUAAAUUCUUCUCCAGGACGGCGGCGGUAGCCUCAAGGGCAUCCUGCUUCCUCAACCUGUUGCACUGGACUAGGGCGGCGGGGGAUCGUCAUCGGGGUCACCUCUAG